AUGGAUAGCAUGAGUGAGGCAUUUGAUCAAAUGCAAAUGGUCAAGGAUGUUCUAGCCAACAGUGAUAAAGUUUCAGAGGUCCUACAAGAGUCUACUCAUCAGUUCAACCUGCUUACUUCACCCACCUUCCUACCAAAGGUCAAGGAUCAAGGGAAAUUCACUCUCCCUUGCACACUUGGGCAUCUUGAGAUUGACAAUGCCUUAGUGGAUUCUGGAGCAAGCAUCAAUCUGAUCUCUCUCUCCAUGGCAGAGAAGCUAGGCAUUGCUGGAGCCUUGCAGCGCCCUACUACUUCAAUCAUGUUUGGAGAUGCAACUUCUAAGUCUCCUCUUGGAGUGUUCAAGAACUAUCACUUGAAAAUUGGAGAAUGCAUCAUCCAAACUGAUCUCACUGUGAUGGAAAUGGAAGAAGAGAAGGAUUUGCCUCUGUUAUUGGGAACCCCUUUCCUUAGUACAGUUGGCGCUUCAAUAGACUUUCACAAGCAAGAAGUGAUCCUUCACAAGGUGAAUAGUUUGGUGUCAUAUCGCUUGCAGCCUAGAGGUUCAGACUUUUGUGCCACAAUUGACAGUACCAAUCUCAGUUCUAAGAGUCAUGGAGCUACAAAGGUUGUGAAGGAAAGGGUUGACAAAGAACCAAGAGUUGGGAAGGAUAAGGAUGAGAGAGGACCAAGGAUUGAGAAGCCACGUCUUGAGAGGGCUAGAGUUGAGAAACCACGAUCUGAUAGGCCAAGAGCUGAGAGACUUGUUCAAGCCCCUUGUGUGCUUGAUGAAGAGAGCCUUCAAGCUUUGUUUGAUGAGCCACUAGGAAGGGCUCUAAAAGAAGGGGAGGAUGCAGCCUCUAAGGCAAGACCAGGGAUAAAAGAAAGGAUCCACCAGCUCAGGCCCCUUCAUUCAAGCCAUCUCAGCUCACAAUGA